UUUGCGAAUGGCAUCGCUUAUGAGGAGCCAACAACACAGAAUCCAACGCGCGUGUCUAUGGUGUUUCGUUAAAUUGGUCGCCCUCAGCCGAAGCUAUCUGCUAUAGUAAAACAAAAUGGGAUUCGUUAAAGUAGUUAAGAGCAAAGCCUAUUUCAAGAGGUUUCAAGUGAAAUUUCGCAGGCGAAGAGAGGGUAGAACUGACUAUUAUGCCCGUGUCCGAUUGGUUGUCCAAGACAAAAACAAGUACAACACUCCCAAAUAUCGCAUGAUAGUUCGUUUUACUAAUAAAGACAUUAUUUGUCAGAUAGCGUACGCCAGAAUAGAAGGAGAUGUCAUCGUGUGUGCAGCAUAUGCCCAUGAGCUCCCUCGAUAUGGCGUCAAGGUCGGGUUGACCAAUUAUGCCGCAGCCUAUUGCACUGGAUUACUACUUGCUAGACGGUUAUUGCACAAAUUCAAGAUGGAUAGCAUAUAUGAAGGAGUUGUAGAUGCUAAUGGAGAAGAUUAUGCUGUUGAAGAUGUUGAAGGCAAACCUGGAGCAUUCAGAUGUUAUUUGGAUGUUGGAUUAGCUCGCACUACCACUGGAGCCAGAGUUUUUGGUGCCAUGAAAGGGGCAGUGGAUGGAGGCUUAGACAUUCCUCAUAGUAACAAGCGUUUUCCUGGUUAUGAUGCUGAAUCUAAAGAAUUCAAUGCGGAAGUACAUCGAAAACACAUUUUUGGGCAACAUAUUUCUGAAUACAUGAGAAUGUUGAUGGAUGAGGAUGAAGAAGCAUACAAAAGACAAUUUUCUCAAUAUAUUAAGCUUGGAAUAACACCUGAUGAUGUAGAAGAAAUUUACAAAAAGGCUCACGCUGGCAUUAGAGCUGAUCCUGAACGUAAGCCUAAACCUGAAAAGAUCGUCACCAAGAAGAGGUUUAAUAGAGCUAAAAUGAAUUUGAAAGAAAGAAGAAACCGUAUCAAACAAAAGAAAGCUGCUGUUGUAAAAAGACUGGAUGCUGAGAAAGGCGAAUGAUUAUUAUUAUUACAAAGUUAAAAUAAAAGACUUGAAUUAAUUGA